AUGCAUAGCCCACACCAUCAUCAACAUUUUCACUCUUCCCAAACCACCAUCAACACCACACAACCAUCACCAUUCCAACAACAACACGGGUCGUAUUCACAACAAGAGACGAGUGGUGGCAAUGUAGGAAACGGAAAUUAUCAAGCCCAAUCAUUUGCAGCAACUUCUCAACAACCACAACCGCAGCACAAUCUCUACACAACCUCCUCACACAUCACAGUGACUCAAGCUUCACCCCCACAACCAUCCUCAUCAUCAUCCUCUUUUGUGGCUCCGGUUCUCAUCAACGGUGUCGUUUUGAAUCCCGUGUCGUCCUCCUCGGGAUUACCUCCUCCCACUCAUCCAUCCAACCACACAACACUUCCUCAUAACAACAACAACAACAAUAUGAACAGUAACAGCAAUAACAACACCACUCCUGCUUUAAAUUCUCCUUCCUCUCCAGAGCUCGCUCAACAAGGCACGAUGAAUUCAGUAUCAUCACAACCACCACCAUCUAGUAACUAUCUACCUCCCAAUUCCAUAGUAUAUCAUUCACCCGUUGCACUCUAUCCCAUUGCAUGCUCCAGUUGUCGAAAGCAACAUAAAAAGUGCGACCGAAAAAUUCCAAGUUGUGAUCGUUGCAUUCAGAAAGGGCUUACCUGCACGUAUAAGGAAUCGAAACGAAUUUCAACAACAACGAAUGCUUCUUCGGUAUCAGCAAAUGAUUCUCCUUCGGAAGGAACACAACAGGCUGCUGCCGUAAAUGCAAAAAAACGAAAUUCAAGAAAACGGAAAAAGAAUCAAAUUUCAUCGUUGGACAUGCAUCAAGUUGUUGGAUCACUGGUUCAGAAUCCCUCACAAUCAGAGGAAAGAAAUGCUACUUCUCCUCGUUUCUCAUCAUCGAAUCACUCGGGUACUGCAUCGAGUCGUCAUCUCAUUUCUCAAAACCUUAAUUCUCACAAAUUCUAUGAAGAAGGACUUUCAAAAAGACAAGUCAUUGAUUGUUAUUAUAGUUUUGCUUGUGAUGGGUUUCCACUCAUGGAUCGAGAGGAUAUGGAACAAUGUCCUGAAAAUUAUUUGGAUUAUUUGACAAGACCUUCCGAUCAUUCUAUUUUGGGAGAAUUGAAUCAAGAUGAAAUGGAAUGCCCUGAAGGUCAACAAGCAAAUUCAAAUUUCAAACAUUUACAAGAAUUGGUUGCUUUAUUUUUGAGUGUAAAGGCCGUGUGUGAAAUGAGAUGUGGCAUGACAGAAGUUGCUGAAAAGAGUGCAAAACUCGCUCGAAAUGCAAUUUGUAAUUAUUUUGAUCAACAUGAACGCUUUCUGGUAGCAACUACAUUUUCACACUUGUCUCAGUAUGAGAUUCUCAAUUCACGAAUUACGAAUGCGAAAUUUUAUUUGCAAUUUGUUGCUUUUUAUUUACAAAAUCGAUUUGUACAGACUGCAGAAUGUGAUACCAAUGAUUCUUCCACAUCAACAACCACGGCGGCAACUAUCAACAGUAAUGAUUCCACGAAUUCAUCUCAUCAAGCAUCUUCUUCUUUAACGAACAGCAACAAUGGCAAUACAAUCAAUCAUCACACACCUGCUGAACACGACAUGAGUCAAUGUCGACAUUGUCUCUCCAAAAUGACACAAUACGAAAAGAAUUUGGAAAAUAAUAGACAAUACAUUGAUCAAAGUAUUUUAUCUAUGGGUGGAGGACUUUCAAAUUUUCAAUCAUUUGUGGAUGGAAAUGGACAACGCAAUGCAGCCAAAUCAUUUUUUGAUCUCUCUUUUACAGAGGGUGGAUUUUUAAGAGAAAUUCCUCGAUAUUUCACCAUGUUUACUGGAUUGAAAUUUCCACCUCAAUGGAUUACAUCAUUGAAUCAAGAAAUUUCACACAAGAAUUGUUAUGAUAUUUUAAAAUUAUUGGACAUGAUCUUUACAUUUGUAAAACAACAUAUUAAGGAAAAGUUAUCCAAUACUACCCCUAGUAACAAUGGAACCACCUCUCCCAGUGCAACAUUGAAUUUUGAUUCGUCAAUGAAUUCAAAAAUUACGAGUGGUCAUGGUAGCUCUCCAACAACAACGACGACGAGUUCAAGCAGUCCAAGUACGAAUACGACAACGACUCCAACUCCUUGUUUCUUUCAAGGAAAUUCUCAAUGUCUAUCUCUCUAUGAACACAUGUUAGACAUUGUUCUCAAUGGAAUCAAAAUUCGAAUUCUCUCCAAAUUAGGAAAUCAUCACAGUGCCACAAGUAGAGAAAUUAUUGAACAAUCAGCAUAUAAUAUUACCAUGUCGACACAACAUGAUCUAUUUCCAUUGUUUCUGCCAUAUCUUGUUCCAUUCAUUUCAGCAGCUGCAUUGGUCCAUUUAAGAAUUGUGAAAAUGAUUUUGAAUAAUAACCAACAUGGAGAAUUUUUCAAUCCACAACAGCAACAACAACAACCAAACGAUCAUUCUAUGAAUAGACCAAACAAUGAAACAUCAACCACUCCGACCAUGAACGCUUAUUCACCACAAUCCUCACAAUUAGAACGAAGAAGAAUGUUCGAAGAGUUACUGGAACAUUCACAAAUGCACACUCAACACUUUCAUCAACAACUUCACAAGAUUGAACUGAAUGGAGGAAGUAUUCCAUCUACCAACAACAACAACAACAACAUGAACAGCACGACUCCUCACAACAUACCUUCCAUGACUCUUCAUUACGAAGAGAUUCUCCGAAAAGAUUUAAGAGCCAUGCACAUUUUAGCUCGUCGUUUCAAACUCGUGAGUACUCAAUACAGUAAACUCUUGAGAGAGAUGGAAGAAACUUUGAAUCAAUUGGAUAUGAUGAAACAACAACAACAACAACAAUCAAUUCCUCAAUCCUCACACACUUCUCCUCAAGUACCUUACUCGAAAAAAAUACCUCCUCAACGACUGCAGACGCAACCGCAGACGCAACCACUGAGUUCUCAACCCAAAACGUUGGAAGGAUCAUCGCCUCGGUCUGCCUCCUCGACUCACUCGGCCACCAACUUACCUGCACAGUUUAUUCCUUCGUUUCUUCAUCAUAAUCCUCAUGGUGGUGCAACGGGAGCUUCAUCCACUUCUACUGCACCAUUACAGAGUGGUAGAGGUACAGUCCUUAAUGGUCUCCAAUCGUUUACUCCUCAACCAUCUUCCUUAGAUGGGCAAAUACCACAACCCUUGGAGUUGAUCAUGAUGGCAAAUAAUAAUAAUGAGGCUUUAUCGUCUUCUAACAUGAUGAACAACAGUAGUUCGAACCAUCAAGGACCAAAUUUGAAUCAAUAUUUCAACCCAAUGUUGGGCCAUAACUCUCAACACAUGCAGAAUUUAAUGAUGAAUAUGAUCAUGAUGGGAGGAAGUAUGGUUCCUGGACUCUCUAGCGCCUCAACUCCGAACAUGGGAAUGAACAAUCCAACUAGCACCAAUUUUGGAAUGUCAUCAUCGAUGAGUACCAACAACAUGAUGUCAAUGCCUUCCUAUGACCCUAAUAGUAGCCUUCGUGUAGCUCAACCCUCUUUGUCAAAUUGGAAUUCUUCCUCGAUGGAGGGUAUGGUGAUCACUCCGAACAGUAUAGGUAACAACAGCAAUAGUAAGGCAUCUUCACCUCAAUCUUCGACAGUGUUUGAUCCGUUCCUGACUGAGGAGGAUUUGGACAUGAUCUUUUCAUUGAAUCAUUUCAACAGUCAUGUAGUCGACCUGUCACAAAGUUCAGGUCCUGUCAACGCGUAUGCGAAAAUGGAUAUUGCAACCAUGCAUGCCUUAUUGGAUCAGCAUUUGCAAAAUAAUACUAAUUCUACCUUUCCACCAAAUCAAAAUGAAAGAAAUAUGUAA